UAGGUGUGGUUCAAAAAUCGUCGUGCCAAGUGGCGUAAACGUGAACGUAAUGCCAUGAAUGCUGCCGUAGCGGCUGCUGAUUUCAAAUCCGGUUUUGGUACACAAUUCAUGCAACCAUUUGCCGAUGAUUCUCUCUAUUCAUCGUAUACCUACAAUAAUUGGACUAAAGUUCCUUCACCGUUGGGCACAAAACCCUUCCCAUGGCCCGUUAAUCCACUCGGAUCGAUGGUAACAUCAAAUCACCAUCAGAACUCGGUCAACUGUUUUAAUACGGGCGCCAGUGGCGUGGCAGUGAGUAUGAAUAAUACCAUGUUGCCCGGUUCGAUGGGUAGUACACUGACAAAUACAAAUGUGGGAGCUGCUCCAUGUCCGUAUAGUACACCUGCCAAUCCUUAUAUGUAUCGUGCCGCUGCUGAACCUUGCAUGACCUCGAGUAUGUCGUCGAGUAUUGCCACCUUACGCUUGAAGGCUAAACAGCAUACAACCGGUUUUGCCAGUCCCUAUUCAGCACCCUCGCCUGUUUCCCGUUCCAAUUCAGCCGGCCUCUCAGCAUGUCAAUAUACCGGUGUUACAGAUGUUGUUUGAGAAAACGCCCUCGGGGCUCUGCUUAAUCAACAUCAACACCAUUUACAUCAUUUC